CGAUCAUAUAUCCCAUACAUAUUUUCGCCACUUUCGGUUACACCGUCCCCUUCUGCCCCUCUGCCCCUUUGACUCCAACGCGUUGGUCGAAUUAGGGGGAUCUCGCUGCCAAGAACACUCACUCACUUCUUGUUCACAUCUCGAGAGAAAGAGGCCAAGAGACGGCAACGACGCCGACCAUGUUAUAGUAUCACGUUCUGCACAGCAAUCCUUCCAUCCACCACCCCCCUCGUGUUCAGUUCCCAUUCCACACAGAGAUAUAUAUACAUAGAGAGAGGGAUAGCGCUCUAGAUCAUUCAUCCAGGGGAAACCCCUCCCGUCCCCCGCCAUGACAUCCCGACCACCCGUCAUCAUCACGACGGAUUCGGAUUCACCCGAUUCAUUCCCUAUCACGCCGCACACCGCCGAAUCAUCCACUUUUUCAUCCUCCUCCACCACACGACCCUCACCACCCAGACUCAACAUCCCGUCCAGCGAUGAUUCCCAUGCAUCAUCAUCCAACCCGCUUCCUCCUCCGCACACGCCACCGAGAGGAGGAACACUCAACCCUCAAGAUCAUACCCAUCUCAGUCCAUCUGGGAGAUCACCCAACUCGCAUACGCCGCUGAUUCACGGCUCCCCUACGCCAUCAUGGUCUUCCGGUCUCACACCUCCUUCACCGACAUUGACCAAUUCCUCGUCCGUUCACUUUGAGGAUCAAUCUCCUUUGACGCCCGUACCGUCCACGUCUAUGGCCUUGAGAGGGAAUAAUCCCACCGCUCAAGAUGGUAUGGAUACACUCCGUGUCGUGGGCGAACAGGGUGGAGACGGCGCUUCCUCCCUCGGUGGAUCUCAAGGAGGCCAUCGACGUGGAUGGUCUGUUGGGACUUGGUCCACCGCCGCAGGCACAGAAGAUACGCAUAAAAAAUCGGAUCUCAGUCGAGCCACGAGCCAUCGAUCUUGGUACUCGUUCAAGGAUCGUUUAGGACUCGGCAAACACGGUGAUGAGGAUGACGAGGAGAUGGAUGAGAAAACAGGAGGCAGCAAGAAGAAGGAUCAAGCGGCACUGAUGAAUCAUCUAGACCCGGAAAAAGAUACCACGGAUCCCACACCGUUCAAAGAGAAGCCCUCUACCUUGGCGGUCCUCGUGGAUCCAAAGUCGCUCGAAUCCCUCGAAAAGAUUGGCGGAAGCGCUGGGCUUUUGGCUGGACUCGGUGUAGACCCCACUCGAGGUCUACAAGCCGGAGCCGAUGAGGCUCAAGUCGGAGAAACCAGACGUGUCGAUGAAGAAGCUGCCAUUGAGGCGGCUCCAUCGGCAAACAAGAGCGGACCCGAAUGGAAAGCCAAUUUGGAGGAGAGACGCCGAGUCUACGGACGUAACGAUCUUCCAGAGAGAAAGAGCAAAAGUCUGUUGCUCCUCAUGUGGAUCGCUUUCAAGGACAAGGUUCUGAUUCUCUUGACGGUGGCUGCGGUCGUGUCUCUCGCUCUUGGUAUAUACCAAGAUGUCGGUGCUCCACCAGAGAUUCAAUACUCUGCCGAAUGUCCUCAGGGAUGUGAACUUCCUCACGUUGACUGGGUCGAAGGCGUCGCCAUCUGCGUCGCCAUUCUCAUCGUCGUCCUCGUCGGAUCAGUCAACGAUUGGCAAAAGGAGAAACAGUUCAAAAAGCUCAACGAAAAGCGAGACGACCGAACUGUCAAGUGUAUCCGAUCCGGUAAAGAAAUGAUCAUCAAUGUUCAAGACGUCGUCGUGGGUGAUAUCUGUCUCCUGGAGCCUGGUGAAAUCGUCCCCGUCGAUGGAGUCUUUUUACGAGGUCACAAUGUCCGAUGUGAUGAGUCAGGAGCCACUGGUGAAUCCGACGCUAUCAAAAAGUUCUCCUACGCCGAGUGCAUCGCCGAGAGGGAUAAUCUUCAGCCUGGUCAAAGGGCCAAAAAGGAUUGUUUCUUGGUCUCUGGUGCAAAAGUCCUCGAGGGUGUCGGCGAGUACGUCGUCAUUGCGGUCGGAAAAAACAGUUUCAACGGUAGGAUCAUGAUGUCUAUGCGAGGCGACAGCGAAGUCACACCACUCCAGUCCAAACUCAAUAACCUCGCCGAGCUCAUCGCCAAAGCUGGUUCAGGUGCAGGACUUCUCCUCUUCACCGCUCUCAUGAUUCGAUUCUUUGUCCAACUCAAGACCGAUCCGGAUCGAACUCCCAACGACAAGGCACAAGGCUUCAUCAAGAUCCUCAUCAUUUCCGUGACGUUGAUCGUCGUCGCUGUGCCUGAAGGUCUUCCUCUGGCUGUCACGCUCGCUUUGGCCUUUGCGACGAAACGGAUGACGAAACAAAACUUGCUCGUUCGAGUGCUUGGAUCUUGUGAGACUAUGGCAAAUGCCACGGUGGUCUGUACCGACAAGACGGGCACCCUCACCCAAAACGUCAUGUCUAUUGUCGCCGGUUCUCUCGGUGUCCGCGGCAAAUUCGUUCGCGAGCUUUCUGAGAACGCCUCUCGAUCCAAUGCGAACGAAGUCGAAGGCGACAAGAUCCGCGACGAUUUUUCCUUUGACAUGGCCAAAAUGAACGAAGUGGCAUCGCCCCAGCUCUUGAAGCUGUUCAACGAGUCCAUCUGUGUCAACUCGACCGCAUUUGAGGAUACUGCCGAAGAUGGAACCUCUGAAUUUGUCGGUAGCAAGACGGAAACGGCGCUCCUCCGAUUCGCCAAGGAUCUCGAAUGGGAACACUACAAACAAGUUCGAGAUUCCGCUCAAGUCGUUCAGAUGAUCCCGUUCAGCUCGGAACUCAAAGCCAUGGGAGUCGUUAUCAAACGAUCCGAUGGAAGCGGUUGGCGAUUGUACCUCAAGGGAGCAAGUGAAAUCCUCACCAAGGCUUGCGCCAAACACGUGGUGGUUUCGCCUUCGGUCAAGAGCGACGAUGUGACGACUGCUCCGUUCGAGCCUAGCACAUUGGCAAACAUCCAAAAGACCAUCAUCUUUUACGCGAACCAAUCAUUGAGAACUAUCGCGCUUUGCUAUCGAGACUUUGAAUCGUGGCCUCCAAAAGAAGCGGAAGGUUCAGCUUCAGACGAUGUGCCGUACGCUUUGAUCGCUAGGGACUUGACCUUGAUUGCCAUCACCGGUAUUGAGGAUCCUCUUCGACCAGGUGUUCGAGAGGCCGUGGAAAAAUGUCAGAAGGCGGGAGUGGCAAUCAAAAUGUGUACGGGUGAUAAUGUCCUCACGGCGAGAAGUAUCGCCAAUCAAUGUGGCAUCUUCACGUCGGGAGGUAUCAUCAUGGAAGGACCAGUGUUCCGAAAGCUAUCCGAUCACGACCGACUUGAAAUUGUCCCCAGACUCCAGAUCCUGGCUCGUUCUUCGCCCGAAGACAAGCGAUUGCUCGUCGCUACCCUCAAGUCUAUGGGCGAGGUCGUUGGAGUCACUGGGGACGGAACAAACGAUGGACCUGCUUUGAAAUUGGCAAAUGUCGGAUUCGCCAUGGGCAUUGCGGGUACCGAAGUCGCCAAGGAAGCCUCAGAUAUUAUCCUCAUGGAUGAUGCGUUCUCUAACAUUGUCCUUGCCAUCAUGUGGGGUCGAUGUGUCAAUGACAGCGUCAAGAAGUUUUUGCAAUUCCAGAUCUCCGUCAACAUCACCGCCGUGGUCAUCACCUUUGUCUCUGCCGUCGCAUCCAACUCUGAAGAGUCUGUCCUGUCUGCGGUCCAAUUGCUCUGGGUCAACCUAAUCAUGGACACCUUUGCCGCGCUCGCUCUCGCUACGGAUCCCGCUCGACCCGUCCUUCUUGACCGUCAACCCGACAAGCUUCACGCCCCAUUGAUCACGGUCGAAAUGAUCAAGAUGAUUCUGGUUCAGGCCUUGUAUCAGAUCGUCGUCUGUCUCGUCCUCCAUUUCCUCGGUUUGCGGAUCCUCGGACUGGAGGAUACGCCUAGCAACGAGGGCAAUUUGAGGACGUUGGUGUUUAAUUGUUUCGUCUUUUGUCAGAUUUUCAACCAACUCAACUGUCGUCGAUUGGAUCGCAAAUUCAACGUCCUUGAAGGGUUUUUCCGCAAUUACUACUUUAUGGGAAUCUUCCUCAUCAUGGUCGGUGGUCAGAUCCUCAUUGUGGAAGUGGGAGGCGCUGCAUUCUCCGUUACUGAGCUUUACGGUCGCGAUUGGGGUAUCUCAAUUAUUGUCGGACUACUGGCCAUACCCCUCGGCGCUUUGGUCAGGUUGAUGCCUACGGAACCAUUCGGUCGAUUCUUGGUCAAGUACAAGAUGUAUCCUGAUCCCAACAAGUUGCCUACGAGCAACGUUGAGGAAGAGGAGGAGAAGUACGACUACAACCCGGCGUUGACCAAGGUCAAGGACAACCUCAACAUCUAUGCUGGCAUUCGGGGUGGACGUGUCAGAGCAUCCAGUAUCGUCGGACGAUCCCGCCACGCUCAGCUGCGUAAAGCCGAUGUGAGGUUCCCGACCUUGUUGACCAUGGUUCCCACUGUCAUUGCUGGAACUGUCGGUGCCGGUGGGAACUGGGUUUCUCAAAAUGCCAAUUCGCUCGGUCUCCAUAAUCCCGCCCAAGAUCCUUCUCAGUCAUCCGCUGAACUCGCUUCGGGUAAAAUCCAAGUACACCCCAAUACGGAUCCUGAUGAUCCGCUGGCGAUCAAGUACGGUGCAAAGCUAUCUCCGAUAGGUGGGAACCCUGCGGAGAGUACGGCCGAGACGAGAGAGGCGAGUAGCAGUCGGAGGCGGCAGUGAGAGUAAAAGCUCUAGCGAGUCAGUCCAGGGCGUGUGCGUGCGUCUGUGCGUGUGCAGUCCUGAGAGAGGAGGUGAGGUUUUUCCUACUUGUACCGUAGGUUUCUUGGUAAACUAUUUGUAUAUAGAAUCAACAUUAUAGAACAUACUUGCGUCGGGUCGGGAACGGGGACAGGGACAGGAGACGGGAGACGGUAGACGAAACACGAAUGAAUGGCGAUGCGUAUCGAAGA